CUCCCCCUCGCUUACUUAUACAAAUGGAAACACAAUAGAUGCUUUCCGUUCGCAGAAGUCUAUGCAAUGCGAAAGGAAACGGAGCAUCCUUGUCAAAGGAAGCCGAAAUGAAAGUAAAACGCACGCAACCCCCAGUGCGCUACCUUUAAAAAUAUCCACUUGUUGUUCCGCAAAUGGUUCAUUGGUCGUAUAGCGACAGAACACUCAGCUACCACAACUUUUGGUUAAUGAAAUACACACGCACGCUCCACCGGUGCAGUGGAACAUCGAUAAAGCAGAAAUACUGUUGACCAAUUUGCUGGCAUUUCCAAACCAUCGCUUCAAGUAGAAGGGGAAACAUAAUGUGCGAAAUGCUGUCAAAAAAGUGAGUUUUCAUGCUCUUAAACAAUAAAUGCAAUAACUAAAUUAUCUGAAAACCCGUGCAAAGGAGUCAUCUUUCCAGAAGACACGUUAAAAAUAUUAUAACCAUACUAACAACUGCCGUUAUCUGUCACACUUGUUGUAAUAUUUACAUUAAUGGAAAGUAAUAGAAAACAUCGAAGGUAAACUACAGCGGCAUAUCUGCUUCCUACUGAAAUUUUGUUAGGAAAAUUGUUAAAGUUUUGUUCAGGCUUAUUCACUUCGUGGUUUGUGCAAAUAGACAUUGGUUUUCUUUGAAUAAAUAAAAUUACAGUGAUGAUCAAAACAAGCGUUGAAGUGGCGAUCAUCAAUAUGUCAUUGUCUCUACUGUGACCUAUUAGUGCGAUUAUGCCCAAAUAAAUAACAUAUGUGAAGUAUAAAUACAUUUCACUCACUAAUGUUGAGAUGAAAAAUAAAGUGUAAUAAGGAAUCAUAUUUGUUCUGAAAAUAUCCAGCUCUAGGGCUUGCAUGUUAACAGCUUUAUCUUCAACGAUAUGAUAGGACCAAAGCAGACUGCAUGUGGGGGCACAAAGUGUCCAUGUAUUCAAUUUAACGUUCUUAAAUUCCUGUGAUUUUUUACUGUGUAAUUUCAUUGGAAAGAGAGGGGAAGGAGAAGGGAUUAAAACAGAUAGCUCUCUGCUCCGGGGUCCCCCGGCGCGUGCAAUCAGAGCCCCCCUCAAGGGUGCUCUUUUGCAGGCAAGUCCGCUUGCUAUUGGUCAGUGGCUGGUCAGAUGGUACGGUUUCCCUCUGUCCCGCACUGGCACAUAGCCACCCAGCCUACCCCCCACCCCCCUCCUUCCCUACCACCACCAUCUAAAACCCAAUCUCCGAUAAACUACUAAUAGCUAAACCACUUGGACUAUAAAACACAACAAAUCAUAAACCAAGCAAAAGAGCCGUGCCCUCCCAAUGAGUUCCUAUUUUGUAAACUCAACUUUCCCAGUGACUCUGCCCGGAGGACAGGAGUCGUUCUUGGGACAGAUACCGUUAUAUUCCUCCGGAUACACAGACCCUUUACGACACUAUCCCGGGGCUGCUUAUGGAGCUACCAGUGUCCAAGACAAGACCUACCCAUCCUCCUUUUACCAGCAAGCGAAUGGUGCCUACGGCAGGGCAACCGCCAUCGGUCCCUGCGAUUACUCGACAGCAAGCUUCUACAGGGAAAAGGACCCUGCUUGCGCCCUCGCCAGCAUAGAGGAACACUCGCUCGUUCUCAGCCAGGACCAUCGCAAGACAGACUGCACGGGUUCGACGGGGAAAAGCAUCUACCCUGAGAUCGACGAACAGAAACCGUCAGCGCCUGUUUAUCCUUGGAUGCAACGGAUGAACUCGUGUAAUGGGACAUUCGGAAACGCUGGACGAAGAGGUCGUCAAACGUACACUCGCUACCAGACGUUAGAAUUGGAGAAAGAGUUCCACUUUAACAGGUAUCUGACCCGAAGGCGCCGAAUUGAGAUUGCGCACGCACUGUGCCUGACAGAACGCCAGAUAAAGAUUUGGUUCCAAAAUCGGCGAAUGAAAUGGAAAAAAGAGAACAAACUGAUCAACUGUUCACAGACCAGCGGCGAAGAGGAGGAGGAGAAGAGGACAGAAUGAAAUUAUGAACGAUAAAUCCCAUGGAAAAGAAACUGUCAGAGAGGGCAUUAGACUCCACUCUCUAAUAACACAAAUGAAGACUUUCCAUCAUGUUAGCAACUCAUUCCUGCUAACUCAUUUUAUUUUCUAUUGUGAUUUUAUAUUUCUUUUUUUAUACAUGUGGUUUUGUGCGCUAUUACGAAGUCUUUAGAUUUGCUCUUUUACCUGAAAUGUUGAACGAAUCUAUUUUAAAUCUGUCAUAUUCGUGUUCAUAUUUAAACUGUGUAAAACUAAAGGUAAUUUCCCAUUGUAUAAAAAAAGUUUAGCUAUUUCAUUUUUUGGUUAAGUUUUUUUUUAGACGUUUAGACAGUUUUAGUUAAUUUAUAGAGUUUGGCUGGAAAGGGCUGGGGCACUUAAAUAUUCCAGAGAAGCAUGGUAGAGGUAUAUUAGUCUAUAAUAGUCCAGUAUUCUAUACAUUUUUGUACGUGCUUUCUGUUUGUUGUUCAACCCUUCAAUAAACCUAACAAAUCAAUCCGCCUGUCAAACUGUGUCUGACGACGGCCGUGUUUUAUGAAAUGAUUGAUCCUCAUUGCGGUAUAACACCUGUAUGCUUUACCUUUUGGCUUUCUAUUUUUGACAAGAAACAAAUGUAUGAUUAACCCAUAGGUGAUGUAUUGAGAUUUUUUAUUUAAUUGUUCAUUUCCCUGAUUUAGGUCUACUGGGCAACGCAAUUAACAUCCACACUGCUGCGUAACAUGUAUAAUAUGUCAGUACCUUCUGGAGAAUAUGUAUAUGUUUAAUAGCCUAUAUUUAUUAUUCUGCAUGCAAUAUGUUUGUAGCAGUGAUUAGGCAGGCGACAAUGGCCUCCACAUGAAAUAGGUACACAGCCAAAUAACCCGUCAGUCAGGGAUUUGGUUUCGUUUUUUUUUGUAAAGCUAAGAGGCCAAAAGUUGCCUACUUGGUUCUAAAAUACGUCCUACAAAGUGAGAGGCGAGAAGGUUCAGCAGGCUUUAAUAGAUAACCAAAGGAGAAAGCUGACCUGUCCGCGCUGGUCACUCACCCUGAGAGACUCUAAAGCCUGCAGGGCAAAAAGACUCAAUAGUCCACUUUAUUCCAGGUAGAGGCUCCUCAUUGCGUAAACAAAAUUCUACCUCUAAAACAGAUACCCCAUUUUACAUAAUAUAAUGUAAAUAAUCCAGAUAUUUUCUACAGACUGCCAACAUCUUGAGCGCCACAUAUUGAAUUAUAUUUACAUCCUUAUUCAAACCACUUGAAUACAUAGGUGUUCACACAGCACAGGAGCACAGUAGAUCACGCUUCUGCGCAGGGUAUUUAUUG